AUGGAUCAUCACCACUCCUCGCAUGCAGGCUCUAGCAAGAUCAGAAGACGAGCCAACAAGGCAUGUUUAGCCUGCCGAGCCCGCAAGGUCCGAUGCGAUGUGUCUCAGCGGGGCCGGCCGUGCAUGAAUUGUUUUCUGGACGGCGAGGCUUGUGUUGUGAUCGGUCGAGCUUCAAGACGGUUCGUAUCUACUCUAGACUCAGAAAGAGAAUUCAGCUUGAGAGGUCCGGAGGAGGACUCGUAUCGAGGACUACCUCCGGCACGGCAUGGUCCACGGCAUGAGUCACUGCAAGAGCUGCUGCAUCAGCACGCACACUCGUCGACAAGAGCGAGGAUCCAGCAGCUUGAGUGGGUGGGUGAGCAGAGCAUGAGGUUCGGAUCUGACGUGACAUACUCCUACUAUCCAUUCCUUGAGGUCAACAACCUACCAAGUAUCUUGCCGCAAGAUGUCAGUUAUCUCGAGAUGCAGGGCUGCCUACGCGUACCCGCCAAGCCAAUACUGGACGAUUUUGUCAAGCAAUACUACCUUCAUGUUCAUCCCAUCAUGCCGCUUGUGGACGAGGGUAUUUUCUGGGAAAUGUACGGCUCUCAGCCGGGUGCGAUCUCUCCCAAGGAGCGGUUGUCGUUGCUUGUGCUGCAGGCAAUGCUCUUCGCCGCAUGUAGUUAUGUCCCACGGAAAAGUCUUCAGACACUCGGAUUUGUAAAUGUCAAGUCCGCCAAAGAGGCAUUGUAUCGUCAAACGAAGCUGCUGUUUGACUUUGGAGCCGAAGCCUCGCCCAUUGCCAGCGCGCAAGCCGCUCUUCUUCUCUCAGCUUGGUCCCCACUCACCACGAGUGAAUGUGCACACGCUAGCAGCUAUUGGCUCAGCGUCGCAAUUCAGCAAGCUAAGAGGGCUGGAGCACAUCGUAAAGACCACAUGCCCGAUACAGGGGUUCCUCCCCACCGCCGCGUCUCUCUCAAAAUGCUAUGGUCUUGUAUAAUUUUACAAGACCGACUCCUUUCUCUCUGCUCUCGGAGGCCGAUCCAGCUGUCCAAGGCCCAUUAUGAUACCGACGACGAAUGGUUUGCCGCUUGUGAGCCUGGGUUGCUGUGGAAUGAAGCCAAACGCGGCCGAGCCUAUAAUGUCAGAACGAAGGCGACCUUGAAUGCCAUCUUCUCGCUCAUGGUGAGCCUCGCAUUGGUCCUCACGGACCUUCUCACUGAAGUUUGGCCGUUAAAUGACGAGCCACUCUGGGAGGCACGUCGUGAUCAAGAGGUUAUGCAAAGCAUCGGAAGCUGCAAGGCGCGUCUGAAUGGCUGGUAUCAAAAAGCCACUGCAGCACUUUCCAAGUCGCAACAUCACCGAGUUUCCACGGAUACUAUCUUUGGGGACGAUUCUCAUGAUGAGUUUCAACACGAAUCCGUGACCCUUUACAGCAACUACAUGUACAUGCUCUAUCAUUCUGCCCUGACAAGACUCUGCCACCAUGAGGGCCUGUAUUUGAUACGCAAGUUUCACUCGACCCAAGAGAAUAGCAUGAGUCUCCGAGAAAGAGCGUUACUUGCCGACAGCCGCCGCGAGAUGGAACAAGCAGCUUGGGCAGGCUCCCAAUGCCUCAAAGUCCUCGUGACGCAUCGACUGUCGAGAUGGGCACCAACAACUUCCAUUACUUGCAUAUCAAUGCCGCUGCUUCUUUGUAUUACCAAAGCCAAAUCGUUGCCCACUCCGAGUGUCGAG